UAGCCGAGUCCUGGGAUGACGAGGACGUCUCAUCGGAAUCGGACACCGAGACAGAGUCCGAAUGGCCCGCCCAGCUCUCACCGGGUCCCUCUCAGGGUACGGCAGCGCCGCCACCGACACCAAUAUCGCCUACCAUGUAUGACCAGGCACCACCAAAUGCCACAACAUCAGGUGGGGCUCGGUCGACGUUAGAUGUACCCAGCGCCUCGGCGUCGCGCCCGGAGAAGACAGAUGCCGUCGCGAGGAGGAUGAUCGCCGGAGCUCUGGGCCUCAAGGCUCCUAAGAUGACUGAAGAGCAGAGAGCGUAUCAGAAGGCAAUCCAGGAGAAGGAGCGCAAAAGGAGAGAUGAGCAGAAGGCAGCAGAGAAGAGGAAGGAGGAAGAGGCUGCGAAGGCAAAGGCGGCCAUGUGGGAUGACUGAGGACCCAGCGUAUAUGUGGGUAUCCCAGUUUUGGUGAGGACAUGAUACAAGUGCUUACGCCAUGGUAGGCCAUACUUUCUUGGCACAGAUUACUGUAUGCUAGAUGCAAUUUCUUUUGCGCAUGUAUGAAGGAUCAUUGUCUAUAGGGUAGUUUUGUAAGCAUGGGCAUCUCAUCGUGGCAC